AUGGAGAACGAUCGUGGAGACCUCGUCGAUUUGUACGUCCCUCGCAAAUGUGCCGCUACAGGCCGUUUGAUCGAAGCAAAAGAUCACAGCUCCGUUCAAAUUAGCGUUGCCAACGUUGACGAAAACGGAAGAAUGAUCCGGGGAUCAUCAACUCACUUCCCAUUGUCUGGAUUCGUUCGCGCACAAGGUGAAGGUGAUGACAGCUUGAACCGUUUGGCUACCAAGGAAGGUUUGCUCAAGAACGUUUGGUCAUACAGCAAAUAA